AAGCCCCGCCUCUUAUGGAGGUUCAGGAAGCAGUAGGCGUGUUUUCAUGCUGUCAUAUGGAGAAUGGCACCCGGACUGUUUAAAUGCAUCGAGUGUAACGAAGAUGCAAACGAACUGCAUCGAGAUUACAGCAACGGAAUACUGAAGAUCACAAUAUGUAGUUCAUGCAAAAAGCCAGUUGACAAAUACAUUGAAUAUGAUCCAGUUAUUGUUCUGAUAGAUGCCACUUUAUGCAAAAUCCAGGCCUUUAGACAUAUCCUCUUCAACACUGAGAUCAAUAUCCACUGGAAGCUGUGUGUGUUCUGUCUGCUGUGUGAGGCGUAUCUGCGCUGGUCCCUCCUGCAGGGGUCCCAGCCCAGCAAUGACCCCGCUGAUAUCAUCCGUUACACUAAAGAGUGGGAGUUUUACUGCAUGUUUGCACUGGCUGCACUGGAGUUGGCCGUGUUUUGCACAGGUGUGUUGUUCAUUCUCUGGACGGUGCAGCGCUGCUGUGGUUCCUCUCUAGAACUCACUCCGCUGUUGAAGGCACUUCUGCUGUCCAGCUACGGAAAAGUGCUGUUAAUUCCAGCUGUCAUCUGGGAGCACGAUUUCUCCCCGCUGUGCUUCAGCCUCAUACGACUGUUCGUCCUGACCUCCAAUUCACAAGCCAUAAGAGUGAUUCUGAACUGCAGUCGGCGGCUGUCUCUCCUGGCGGUGUGUGGUGGCUUGCUGUUGGAGACGUGGGUUGCCCAGGCUUUAAAAACACUGCAGGUCUGUUCACAAGACUAUCUGUCAAUGCUGUAGUCUAGAGGAACACGAGAACUUCAGUCCAGGAGGCCGGGUGAAAAAUGGAUGCUCUAUGAACUGAAGCAAAACUUUCUUCAUGAAUGAUUCAAGUCCUCCUUGCCAUCAGCGAAGAAAGUUUGAAUUACAAAACUGUUUACCUUGUUAAAUGUAGAGACUGCUUGUCAUUACUUCGGAGAUGUUGUUUGAUCAAGAUGUUCUGUACAAAGGAAUUCAUUGGCAAGUCUAAGUGAAACUAAAUGAGGUCAUAGAGAGCAAAUUGUUUAUCUUUACUAUGGUUACCACAUGGUUAUGAGUUUUUACGUGCUUCUAUGUCGUGCUUAUAUAUUGAGCUAACUCCAUUCAAGACCAGUAAUUUGUCUUCACAUACAAUCCUGUAUGUUUAUAAAGACUUUGAAGGCACAGCUUCACAUUCCUGAGGUCAUUUGUCAAAUUCCUCAAUUAGCUCUGCUGAGAGAAGACGUUAACUCAAAUAUACUACAGAUGCCUGUGGACUAGUGUCGACACGAUACUGUAAUGAUCUGAAUGCCAUCUGUUUUUAUUGGGUGCUUUAUGUAUGGACUUUCUUACUGAUGUAAUUUAUCCCUGUUACAGAAAUGUGAAGUGUGGGCCUUCAGUAUGAACUUGUGCAACUUGUUCUGAUGAAGCUCCGGGAAUAAAUCUUGUGAAACUGAA